AUGGCCCAGCCGGGGGAUUGUGAGAGGUUCCACCUCUUCAGUGUAUCUUUGGAGAAUCUUGAAGACGGCAAAGGGCUCGCCGAAGGGAUCCGGAGAGGUGUUCAGCUCUUUGGAUAUAAUUGGCAGCGAUGCCACUGUGGUCGGGUGCGGCGCAGAAGAGUCGACGGCAGCGGUGUCAUUGUUAAGGAACCGCGCGUUCUCGGUGCCAGCGGUGUCUCCAGUUCGGGAUACGCGGAAUGCUGGACGGGCGAAUGCGCUGAGGUGCGGACGACAGAGGAGGUAGGAUUCGACGGAGUUGCAGCUAACGCAGUAUCCGAACGGUCAGGGACAAGGAUUGACGGUUACGGGUCUGGCGUCCCGGCGAGUACGCAGGCAGAGGGGGAGAUUCGCGAUUACGAAAGGUAG